GUGAUUUCGCCCCUCCAUGGCGCCUACACAGGUCUUUCUCUCAGUUAAAAUCCCUCUCCAAUUGAAAUCAAACAGAGUUUUUCAUCCUAGAUUUAACCCCAACCGCUAUCUAACCUAUGAUUAUGCUCUUCUGGAAUGGCGCUCGAGUGUAAGCACUUCAAGUUACCCACCAAAGACCGGUGCUUUAAGUACUACCACCAGGGCAAACCCUUUCCCCUCUGAAAAGAACAAUUCAAGCCAAAGUCGAGAUCUUUUUUAUGAAUUUCUCCGAAAUACAGUAGUGCUGACGGCAACGAUGAUCGCUUUGUGUGGCGGCGGUAAUAAUUUCGCUCUAGCCGGUCCCGGUGAUUGUUACUAUUUUCGGAAGAGCCCAAUAAAAGAGGAAGAAAUACUAUCUCAUUUUGAGUUGGAUAUGCAUUUUAAAGACCCGGAAUUAGAUGCUCUCUUUGGUUCUUUGUUUUUGAUCUGGCUUUCAUUUGCGUCCUGUGUAGUCUAUGUCUCAUUGUUUCCGCCUCCUCCAGACAAAAUCUACAGAGUUCAAUUGGUCGAGGUCGAAUCAGGCUUCGUGAUACGAGUAGCUAUAGAUGGAUGGGAUUAAAACAAUUACAUGGUGUAACUGAGUUUCUUCUUGCAAACCUGGAGUCUUGCAUCUAUGGUUUUGCUUCUGUGCAUUCAAAAGAGACACGUAUGCUGGAGCUUGUCUGGAAAGAGCAGAAAAGGUUUUAUGUUGAAAGGUCCAUAUUGGAUGCCUUUGAAGACGAGAUCUCAUUUCUUAAAAGACUUGUCAUUGCUUGCUUCAACUUCAUUGUUGGAAGAAAGACAUGCAUUGUUGCAGACACCACACAACAGGAACACAACAAUGGCUAUAUAGUGGUAACGAUAUUAGUAUCUACUAAUGCCCCCUUGGAACUUUCCAUUAUGAAUAACGGCGAAGACUUUAAGAAGAACUUGCAAACCCUAAACUCCUUUACCCAAUGCUGCAGUAAAGUUGACAUUUUGUGGGCGCCUCAAUUGGUUAGUAGGUGGCUGACAUUGGAGGAAUUGCAAGAAAAGUGCCCCCAUUUCAUACCUCUCUAAGGGGUGUUUGUAUCUGACUCUUAAUGCUGUUUCUACUCAUUCACUCCUAGAAGCUGGGAGAGAUCAAUUUCUGAAAAUAGAUUUUGAUUCCGUUUCUCCUUAAAAAAAAGCAGGAGUAGAAUCCGUUCCAAACACCCCCUAUAUAGGAAUGUAAAUGAGCUGAGUUCAAACUUUGCGAUAUUCGAGCAUGAUAAAUUAAAGUGGAGAGUUCGAGCUAGAACUCAAAUGAGUUUUGUCCUCAAGGUGGAAGCUGGGAAAGAGCUCCUGGUAUUUUGCAAGCUCUUCCCAGGAAUCUUCAAACUUAGGCAAGUGCUUUCAAUGGAUCAAGACUUCCCUGACUCCCUUCGAAUUGAUCCUUGAAUCUACCACCUUCUCGGGUUGUGAUUGGAGUUCUCACUCAUCCGUUUAAACAAUCAGGGAGAGGUUUGCAAGGUAUGUUUGCUGCAACAGAUUUCUUAAGUAAAGAAAUAUGGAAAAUUGGGUGUACUGAGCAAUCUUUUGGAAGCUGGAGUUUGAAAGCCACAUGGUUAAUUUGCUCAAUGAUUUCAUAGGGCCCAUAGUACCUGGGGCUAAGUUUUUGGUUAAUUUGUUUCGCUAAGCUCCUUAGCUUGUAUGGCUGUAUUUUCAGGUACACUUUGUCGCCCACUUCUAGUUUCAUAUCCAUCCUAUGUUUGUUAGCUUGCUGCCUCAUCUGACUCUGAGCUAUUGCCAAAUUCUUCUUCAGUUCUGCCAACAUGACAUUCUUUUUAGCCAUUAACUUAGUGACUUCAUCUACUGCAGUUUCUGUAGCAUCUCCCUUGACUAGAGCAGGGGGUCAUGGCCAUACAAGCCUUUAAAAGGGUUGCUUCUCUGGGCAGAAUGAUAAUAUUGGUGUUGUACCAAUAUUCUGCCCAUGGCAGCCACUUGUGCCACUGCCUGGGUUUGCUUCCAAUGGUACUACGUAAAUAUGUUUCCACACACCUAUUCACCAGAACAGGGUGAUCUGUGGUACUAUAGUGCAGUUGUGUCCCUGCCAGUUUGAAUAACUCCAACCAAAACGAACUCAUGAAUAUGUUUUCCCGACUAUGGUUUUUGGAAAACCAUGAAGUCUGACCACCUCCCGUAUGAACAAAUCAGCCACUUCCUUAGUCGUGUAUGAGUGAGCUAGAGCUAGGAAAUGGGAAAAUUUUGUUAGUCUAUCCACGACCACCAAUAUUGUAUCUUUACCCCUCGCCCUAGGUAGACCACCUAUAAAAUCCAUACUGAUAUCUGUUCAAAUUUGUUUGGGAAUUGGCAAAGGAUGUAACUAACCUGUUGGGCUUAAUGCUUGAUACUUAUUUCUCUGGCAAAUCUCACAUUCCUUGACAUAUUUCUUAAUGGUUGCCCUCAUGCCCUCCCAAUAAAAAAUAUUGGUAAUUCUUUUGAGGGUCCAGAGUUAGCCUGCAUGCCCUCCCAUCGCUGAGUCGUGAAAUUCCUUAAGGAUCAUGCUGAUUCGGGUUGAGUUCUUAGGCAGGACUAAUCUGUCCCGAUAGUACAAUAAUCCUUUUCUCAAACGGGACCCAAGGUGAGGGUUUGCAUGAGUUAGUAACUCUUGAAUGAUCUGUUGACAUCUGGUAUCUCUUAGGAGUUCUUCCAACCUUUCUAACUUCUGGUAGGUUACUACUGUCAAUGAUAGUAGACUCUUUGGAUGUUUUUACUUGGACGGUAAUUUGCUGUUCUGGUCUAUUCUGGUCUGAUCUGGUCUGGGACAUAUUACAAUCCCAGUAAAAACAUCCUUCUUUCGGGAUAGGGCAUCUGCGGCCCUAUUUUCAUUCCCUUGUUUGUACUUGAUCAAAAAAUUAUAGCCCAAUAGCUUUGCUACCCACUUUUGUUGCUCCCCCAGUAAUCUGUGCUCAGUGAGGGAUUUUAAGCUCUUCUGAUCCGUGUGAAUUUUAAAGCUUCUGCUCAAUAGCUAGUGUCUCCUUUUUUGUAUGGCCAUCACAAUUGCCAGCAACUCCCUUUCGUAAACUGAUUUCCUUUGAUUCCUUUGUAAUAGUACUUGGCUCAUAAAGGCUACCGGCUUCCGUCUUGCAUCAAAACUGCCCCUACCCCCCCCCAGAUGCAUCCGUCUCCACCACAAUUUUUUUGUUAAAAUUAGGGGUUGCAAGAACUGGGAGGGUGGUCAUUGCUUUUUUCAGUUGCUCUAAAGCUGAGAUGGAUUCCGGUUGCCAUUUGAACCCCUCUCUUUUCAACAUGGGCGGAGCUAGGUGUGGCCAACCUAGGCCAUGGCCCACCCCAAAUUUUAAAAAUGGCUAAAUUUUUAAGGUAAAAAAUUUCGUAUAAAUUUUUUCUAAAAAUAUUCUUUGUACCGGCCCAGUGCCCUUAUGGCGGGGCUCCAUACCUCCCAUCUUAUUUUCUUUCACUUUGAUUUGUAUCAGGUAACAAUAUUAGUUUGUACUAAUGCCCCCCUGGAACUUUCCAUUAUGAAUAGAGGUGAAGACUUGAAGAAGAACUUGCAAACCCUAAAUUCCCUUACCCAAGAAUGUAGUGUAUGAAUUAGAUUUUUAUUAGUUUUAAGUCUUUAAACUAUUUUCAUAAUAAGUAGAUGUAUAACGUAUGCCAAUCUUAUGAGGUACAUUUUUAUGUUCUUCUGCAGCAAGUUGACAUUUUGUGGGCGCCUCGAUUGGUUAAUGAGUGGCUGACAUUGGAAGAAUUGCAAGAAAAAUGUCCCCAUUUCAUACCACUCUAAAUAGGGACUCAAAUGAGUUGAGUUCGAACUUUGCUAUAUUCGAGCGUGAUAAAUUAAAGAUGAGAGUUCGAGCUAGAACUAGGGGCGUAUUUGACGUGGGGGCAGCUGCCCCACUCAACCCCCACCUAACCCUAUUAUAUAUAUAUAUAUAGGGAGGAGAUCAAAUAAAAAGAGGUUCUCCCGUGCAAAGUGCGAACGGUUGCACUUUUUCUUCAUCGCGUUGCACUUUUGCGUGUUUCUCCUGACUUUUUCUCGAUGGCAAAAAACUUCGCUUUAAGCCUUUAAUUAUGAAAUUUCCACCGCGUUUUUGAUCAAAUACAGUUCACUUUUGGCUCAUUUUGAGCCAUUAGAUCUAAAAAUGAAUGCAUGAGAUUAAUUCUUACUUUGCAUGGGAAGACCUCUUUGUAUUUGAACCAUCCCCUAUAUAAUAUAUAUAUAUACAUGUGGUUGUGGCCGUUUGCAAUCAGGGGUCUUUGAUGAACUUUGCAACUAAUCCACGCUUGUGCUUUCCUACCGUUACCACCCGCGGGGUCUAAGCAACUGGGCCGUUAGUAAUACGCUACGUGGCACUUUUUUUUGCUUACAUGACUUUUAAUCCCAAUCUAUUAACACCAUGUGUGAUUACAUGGCUUUUAUCCCUAGUCCAUACCGUGUUAACCUAUUUGGACCAUAUAAGCAUACAAAAUCCUUUCUUCUCUUCCACAAACACAAAUACAAAUUUGAAGAGAUGAGUUCUUCUAAUUCGAGCUCUUGUGCGAUGGAUGGAAGACAACAAAUCAAGAAGUGCGGCUGUGGAGUCCAAGCUCCUAUUUGGACGGCGACAACAGAGAAGAAUCGGGGGAAAAAGUUUCAUGGUUGCGACCGUUAUUCUCGAGGGGGCGAACAACAAUGCAAUUUUUUUGAGUGGGUUGAAGAAGAUACGUGUCGUACUUGUCUGGAUAACUUAGAUGCUCUUAUUGAGAAGGUCAGAAGACUUGAAGAAUAUGUCCAGAUGAAAUAGUUGGAGAUGGAGGGUGAAAUAAAGACAUGUGUGUGUGAAAUUGGUGUGUUGAAGGUCCAGAACAUGGAACUGCAACUGCAGAUGUCUAAGAAUCAUAAUGUCACUUUUAAGUGGAAGCUGCUCUGUGCCUCUGUCUGGCCAUGUUAAUUUUCAUGUUCUUUGCAAGUAGAAGAUUUUAGGUCUAAGUUCUUUGCUAAGUUUUCGAUGAAAUGACCAAACCACAUGUAAUUGUGUUUGGGGAUUCCUUUAGUUUAAUUUCAUGUGAGGCGUUUUGUUGUGAGUGAUGUCCAAUGUAAUGCACCAAUGUAAGAACCUUGUAAGGGUUGAUGUCAGAUUGUAUGAAGUUUUUGGCUGUAACAAUUUGUGUGAACUUGUUUAAUGUUAUAGCAGUUUAUUUCUCC